UCCAUCUCCCUAUGCACUAAAAAACACACGGUAGUCAUUCGUCCACAUGAACCCAAUCAUCAUUAGAUUCCUCACUUCUCCAUUUUAAUUCCUGAAAUUCCAAAAGAAAGAGCAACUACCCAAUUAACCCUAACAAAAUUCUAAUCAAAAUCCCAAGUCAAUUUCAAUCAAAAAAUAAUUGUUGAAAGCAAAACAAAUGUUGAUAAAAUCAAUCAAAUACUGGCUAGUUGAUCACCCAACAAUCACAAAUUUCGAAUGGAACCAUGAAAUUACACAUUUCUCCUCCCCCCAAUUCCUCAUCCUCACCAUCCUUACUUACCUCACUCUCACUUUCCUCCUUUCUCACUCAUCUCUGUCACCGCUCCCACCACCGCUCCUCCGCUUCAUCUCCGCCAUCCACAACCUCAUCAUCCUCCUCCUCUCCUUCACCAUGGCGGUCGGAUGCACCCUCUCCAGCCUCUCCCAAAUGCCCGCACCACACUGGAUCUUCUGCUUCCCAGCCAACCAAACCCCUCCACGUGGUCCUAUCUUCUUCUGGGCUUACAUCUUCUACCUCUCGAAAAUCCUUGAGUUUAUCGACACUCUUCUUAUCAUCUUAAGUGGGAGUAUUGGACGGCUGUCAUUUCUCCACGUUUACCACCAUUCAACGGUCCUGAUUAUGUGCUACAUUUGGCUUGAGACAUCACAGUCGUUGUUUCCGGUUGCAUUGGUUACGAAUGCGAGUGUACAUACGGUGAUGUAUGGGUAUUAUCUGAUGUGUACGGUUGGGAUUCGUCCGUCGUGGAAGAGAUUGGUGACCGACUGUCAGAUAGUUCAGUUCGUGUUUAGCUUCUUGGUUUCUGGGGUUAUGCUGUAUUAUCAUUUUGCAAGGGCCCCGUGCUCUGGGGUUUUAGGUUGGUGCUUCAACGCUGCGUUUAAUGCAUCGCUUUUGUAUUUGUUUAUUGAUUUUCAUUCUAAAAAUUACAAGAAGAAGAAACAAUUGAAGAUGGGAGGUGAUAAAGAUAAGGCAUUGUAACACUUUUUUAAUGCUUGUUCCGAUGCAUUUGCUUAAUGUUAGAAUUGUUUAUUGUUUUCUUCGUAAGUUGACUAUUUGACAAUGUAGUUAAUAAUUUUAAAACGUUAAUAUAAACAUGGUUUCUCCCUUUAUUUUUA